GGGGUUUUCGUCCAGGAGGAUUUCGGUGUCGUCGUCGCUCCUGGACCGUCUACCUGAGCUUGAAGGUCAGAAAGAGCCAGCCAUCUCAAGUCUGACUCCUAGAAUUUUAUAGAUAGAUAACUUAGAGUGCUGGUAUUAAUAUGAUGGAGCGCUUUACACCAGCUACCCCAUCUCGCCUGUAUCGAGGCCUCACAGCACCCCCACUAUGCCCGCGCAAGACAUUCGCAUUUACUCCUGGCAUCCGAUUUAGAUGCCUCUCCACCACCCCGGCCGCCCGCUCGGACCACCACGCAUCAAACAAGCUCUUCGCCGACGCCGCGCGCGAAGAGGCCGAGGGCAGCGCCCGUAACACCAAGUCCCCGCGUCUGCAGCUGCUCGAGAACACACACGCGAACUGGGACGGCGACGAGGCGCCACAGGACGCCGUGCUCCGCAUGCUCGUGGACAAGCACAAGCCGCUCCGCAGCGGCACCGUGCGGAGCGCGGACGCGCGCCUGCGCGCUGCGCCGCCGCGCGUCGCUGUGGACGGGGCGCUUCUGGCUGCGCGCGCUGGGUGGGAGGCGAUGGCGGAUGCGCCGCUUAUUCCUGCUGUUGAGGGGCACAGGCCGUGGCACACGACGUUCGUUGCGCCUGCGCAUGCGGAGGCGUCGGUGAAGCUUGGGAUUUUCCCGCCGAGGCAGGCGGCGGCUCGGAGGGUCCGGAAGGGGGCUGAUGAUGGGGUGGACGAGACGACGCAGAAGACGGAGCGGGAGUUGGCGCGGCGGAGGGAGACGGCCGGGAGGCUGGGGCGGGCGAAGGAGAAUACCAUGAAUUAUCGGUUGGGUAUUCGAGGUGAGGGAGGGGCCGGUGGUGGUGGUGAGGGUAGAGGUGCCAACCCUCUGUCGCUGAGAGGAUGGCAGAGUCUUAUUGAAGAUAAAAUAGAGAAAGCUCGUAUAGCGGGUCACUUCAAGAAGAUCAAGGGACGAGGCAAGCCUAUCAAGCGCGAGAUUGCUGAACAUAAUCCGUUUAUUGCACGAGAAGAGUUUAUAAUGAACCGAAUCGUGCAGCGGAAUGGUGCGGCACCUCCAUGGGUAGAUGUUCAGCAAGAGAUGGACGAAGCCAUCAAUACCUUCAGAGAAGGCCUCAAGCAGUCCUGGGCGCGCUACGCCAUCCGAAUGCUCACACUCUCACACCACCCCUCCGUCUCACCGACACCCUCGCACGAAUCCAUCGCCGCCUUCCGCGACGCCGCCUGGGAAGCGCGCGAGCGGGCGUACCACGACGAGUCGAUCGCGCAGCUGAACGCGCUCGUGAGGAAGUACAACGGCGUCGCGCCCUACGUCGUGCGGCGCGCCUACUAUUCGCGCGAGGCGGAGCUGGCAAGGGCGUACGAGGGCGCGGUGCAGGAUAUUCACGCGGGCAUUGAGGAGCGCAGCAGGGCGGCGGCGGGUGCGCUCGAGCGCGGCGUUGGGAUGAGUGGGGAGGUGGCGCUGGCGCCGUUCAAGAUCUGGCCUGCUGUUCGACAAGCGCUCGCUAGACUUGUUCCUUGGAGUUCGCGAUUGCGGCAUGGUGACGGGGAAGCAAUGGGUCGGUGAUGCUGUGCGCUUUGUAUGUUGGCUUUGUGUGUCCACCGGGAGCUACUCGCUCGACGUUAUUCUAUUAUCAGCGUGGACACAUGCCUCGGCGGGACGUUGGCGGAUUUGGCUGUCAUAAAUAUAAUUUCCGUGAACACCGCUCCUCCUUGUUUUUGUUAUGUAGCACCUGCUGGAUCCUGUACGUGUAGAUCACUCCAUACUGUAGCCGUCUAUACACUUUCAUGAAACUUGC